CCCUCCAUCACGCUCACCACUAAGCGGCCCCCGUGGCCAUGUAUCACUUUGUGUCGCAGCAGACGCCGGAACUGCGGCUCUCAGAGAGGGCACUGGUAAGCAGCCACGUAACACAGUAUCUGAAGGGAUUUCAGCUCGAUGCGGUGCGAUUCCUGUACGAGCGUCUCAGCAAGGGAGAGUUUUGCAUUCUCAACGAUGAGAGUGGUCUGGGCAAAUUGGCCACCGUGUCGGCCCUGCUCAGUGCUCUGGAUCCCGCCAAGAAAACGCUGAUUGUGCUGCAAAACGACGAGCAGCUGCUCGCUGGCUGGCAGUUUCACCUAAACACACUCACCGAUCUCUCCGUCUACACUAUUCAGAGUGUCCAAGACACCACCGAGUCAGCGCACAGCGUUUACCUGGCCAAGUGGAGCAAUCUGCGCAGCAUUGGGGAUCUCAGCAGACUAAAAUUCGACUACGUUUUCGUGGACAAUCGCGGCCAUGCACUGAACAACAACUUCUGCAACUCCAUGCUGGUGAAGCACUUCGAAGGCAAAGUAAACAUUGUAAUCUCCAGUGUGGACAUAACGUCGGACGUGAAGCUCCUGUACAAUGUGCUGCGACUGGGUGGACGGCUGGAGCAUAAACACAGAAACUUUCAUACUUUCGAUCGCACGUUCCAUCUGCCAGAUCCCAAGGAGGUGUUCAGCAAGCGCAUAGAUCUCGAGGAGUACUACAAGAAGCGUGGCUUUCUCAGUGAAUACAUCAAGGAUUUUCGUCUGCGUCGCUUUCGCCAUCAGUUCGAGCAGAGUCUGCCGCUAGUGCCGCUCGAGCAGUACAAGACGAAUCUGAACCUGUGGCUGGCCUUUAGGAAUAGUCAGAGCACGCUCAGUGGCUCCUCGGAUGUCUGCUCCACCGUGGCAUCGUCGGUGGAGAUCAAUCAGUGCCAAACAGAAGAACCAGGAAGGGUCGAGUUGGAGCACAGCAAUGAAGCCGUGAUAAUGCCGCCAUUGGUCUUUGAAUCAUCCGACUCUGAGCAUGAGCUAGUCAUGCUGCCAGCUGCCGCUCCCGUUCUCGAUGCCAAUGAGAUUUUGAUUGUCUCCAGCGAUGAUUGCGAGAUUAUUACGUCCCCGAGCACGCCGCCCAUGCACAAACCAUCAAAGGAGUCGCCUUCAAUAAAACCGAAGCGGAAAUAUGUGAAACGCCAGGCUCCUGCCAAGCAGCCAGAACUUACCGAAUCGGAGCCAGAGGAGCAGGAAAAUAGGCCGAGGCAUAAGAGGCGUGCUGCUGCUGCUGCUGCUGCUGAUGAUGAGGUUGCUUCUGCUGCUGCUGCUGCUGAUGAGGUUGCUUCUGGUGCUGCUGCUGUGUCGCCUAAGGAAAAACCAAGAAAAGUCAAUGUUCGACUGAGGAGAAUGUCGUUGGCGGCGCCACAGCGUGAGAGCACUCCACCACGGGAAGCAAUGCCACCGCCACCGGUGACACCAAAGACAGAGCCAAAGCCGAAGCGCCGUCAGGCCUUGAGCCCAUCGUCACCACUGAGACGUCCAGUGACACGCGGAAUGCAGCGUCUGACGCGCUCCGCAGACGCGAAACUGAACAGCAAAUACUUGAUGCACAGAAUCAGAUUGGAAGACUGCAAAAAGACCACGCCCAGGAGACCCAAAACGGAGUCCAGUCAAACGCCAAGGACAAGCCAAUCGAGGGUGAAGCAAGAGCGUAGCGAGCCACAAGAAACGCCCAAGCGGCGACCAGGUCGUCCACCAAAAAAAGACAUUCAGGAGAAAUCCAACAGCAGGACAACCAAAUCCAAGGCUGCAGAAGAAACAUACAAGCGAACACGAGGACGUCCACGCACCAACGAAGCGCAGCAGCAAGAAAAUGGCUCCAAGAUUAAGCCCAUCGUUGCCACACCCCAAGUGAUGAGCAGCGGCUCCCUGUCGUCCGAGUACAUGCAGUGCGGGCAAAAGCUGCCGGACAAUGUGGAUGUGCUGGAUCUGCCCGCCUUCCGCAUACCGUUUACGCCGCAGCCGGCAAACUUGAUGCUGCCAUCGACCUUCACGCUGUUCAGCGACUCGGAGGUGCUGUCCGUGCCGCUGACCAGCCCACAGCAGCGGGAGCCUAUCGUUAUCUGCAGCUCCCACGACGAGAGCUCGCAGCCGUGCUCGUCCACGACGCAGAGCCGCCGCACAAAGGCACUGAAGCGUAAGCGGAAGCAGGAGCCACCAACAAGUGGCUCCUCAACGUUUGGUAUGCUGCUCUCGCAGCAAAGGAACCCGAUUAAAUCUCCGGAUAUCUUUAGCAACUGCUCGGACAUUUCGCAAUUGACGAUGGCGCAGCCGCUACCGAAACCCUCGUCGCCCUUCGAGGGCUUCAAGAUAUUUGGGUCUGAGGUGAAGCAGUUUCAGCAGCAGCAUGCCAAGGCGAUCGUUGGACCAGCCAAGAAGAAGCGUGAACGCUCCUGCCUGGACAUCCUAGAGCAGAUGUUUGAGCCACGUACACCUGUGACAUCCAGCCCCAAGGUCCUGCCCAGCCUGCCGAAUGUGACACCACCCCAGCAGCAGCAGCAGCCGCAGCCGGCGCCAAAACAGAUAAGCCAACGGCGGCGAACAUUUGCCGAGGAAGAUUUCUUUGAAAUAACCAACAACGGGGAGUUUGGCAGCCGUCUGCGUCUCAACUCCUCGGGUGAUGUGUCGCCUGUGCAGCAGGAUCGCUCGACGCAGUCGAACAAGAUCACCAACUAUCUGAUCAGCUCGGGGCCGGAGAAGUCGGGCAACAGCGGCAAUCGGGCCGCAUCUGCCGCGCAAACGUUGCGCAAAUCACCCAAAGCCGCCGGCAAGUGCACGCAGUCUACGAAGCUGACGCGUUGGUUUGGCGCCGCCUUCGGUGCCGGCUCCCAGAACAACUCCGUGGAAUCCCAAUCGGUGAGCGCGCCGAGCACACCCAUGGCGCCAUCGACGAGCGAGGCGGCCUACCGGGCACGCUCAGCACGCAGUGCAGGACCCAGCAAAAGGAAGCGUUUGGAUCUGUACAAGUGAAACGUCGCACGGCACGAGACAGUUGGCAGUAUCGAAUCAAAAUGCAUUCAUAAGCUAACAGAAUUCAGGGAAUCCCCGAAAUACGGCACACAACCGAAAUAUCAAAGUGGUAUAAUGUUAACUGUAAAACAUUAACUAGCCAAUUUA